CGGACCCCCACAACCAUCAUGGAAUUUAAAACUUUAUUUAUCAAUAGAAUUACUUCGAUCACUUUUUUGUUCGUAUUCUGGAACAAUUGAAGAGUUACAACAGAGUAAUAGAAAUGAGGACAUCCCCUCUCAUGUUAAAAUUGAUAAAGUAAUUAUUUCACAUGAAUAUAGAAUUAAUGCUCAGGCAUACAUUGAAAGACUUGUAAAACCUUACGAAGUUGCUAUUGAUCCGAUUUGGAAAUCUCCCAGAAAUAAUGGAAUAAAUGGUGAAUUAAUUAUGAAUAAAGAUUGGAAUUUUAAUAAUGAAGAAGGUAGUUGGGAAAAAGAAAAAAUUGUCAUAUUCUUACAUGGUGGAGGUUACUGUUGUGGAAAUAUUGAUUCUAGUCGUGAAAUCCUUUGCGAGAUAUCGAAAAUAUCUGGCGCUCAGCGAUAUCGUGAUGAAGCAAUUUACCUUUCUUAUCGAGCUUCUAAUCCAGAAAAAUAUCGUUUACCAGCUUACGAAACUGACUUUGAUAAUUCGCAUUUUAAAUCUCAAACCGAAGUUACACUUGAAGUAUUUGAUGAAAUGUUUCACGCAUUUCAGGCUUUUAAAUAUUGUGAACCAGCGAAAGUGUCAAUUAACAGAACUUGUAACUUUAUUUCCCGUGUAACACGAGAAGCAAUUUUAGCCAAUCCUCUUCCACUUAGGUUCAGUGUUUUAAGAAUAAGUUAUGAUGGGGAAGUCCGGCCUUUAAAUGAAUCAAGCAUUAAUCAUAUCUUGAGAUGGGAUCAAGUUGGAGUAUAUCCAGGUGUUUAA